AUGGCAGCACGAAAGCUCCAGCAGGAGGUAGAUAAAUGCUUUAAGAAGGUCACAGAAGGGGUUGCGGAAUUCGAGUCCAUCUACGAGAAGAUCGAGCAGUCAACAAAUGCCGCCCAAAAGGAGAAAUUGGAAGAUAACCUUAAACGGGAGAUCAAGAAGCUACAAAGGCUUCGCGAUCAGAUCAAGACAUGGGCUGCCAGCAAUGACAUUAAGGAUAAGGGGCCACUGCUAGAGAAUCGUAAAUUGAUCGAGACUCAAAUGGAAAAGUUCAAGGCAGUGGAGAAGGCUAUGAAGACGAAAGCAUAUUCGAAAGAGGGAUUAUCAGCAGCUGCGAAAUUAGAUCCCAAGGAGCGCGCGAAAGUAGAAGCAUGCGACUUCUUGGGUAACAUGGUGGAUGAACUGGAGCGCCAAAUAGAGACCCUCGAAGCAGAAGGCCAAUCGAUACAGGCCACCAUGAAGAAAGGGAAGAGCCAGACUUCCAAGGCGGAGAGACUGGCGGAUAUCGAACGAAUAACGGAACGACAUAAAUGGCAUCAAGGGAAGCUUGAGCUCAUCAAACGCUCACUAGAAAAUGGUGGCGUGGAAACGGACCAAGUCAAUGAUCUCGAGGAAUCUAUUCGAUACUAUGUUUCCGAUGGUAUGAAUGACGAUUUCAUGGAGGACGACGAGAUGUACGACGAGCUCAAUUUAAAGGAUGAAGAGGAUAACUACGGUAUGAACAACGAGAACGACCGAGUAUCGUCCCAAGAUACCCAGUCAAUACAAGAAGAAACUCCCGACAUAGAUGCAAGGUCGAGUAGUAUACCGGGUGGCAAAUCCAAAUCUAUAGCAUCGGAAGGUCAUAGUGGAGCACGAAGACCGUCGACUCAGAUGAAAAGUCCGCUUCCAACACUGGCAACUCUACAUACUCCAAUAACGAAUGCAACAAAUGGUGGUAGCCAAAUGAAGCCAGCAACAGUGCCGACGCGAGCACCUGGGGAAACUCUCAAAUACGCCUCGGCAGCAGCCGCCGCCGCUGCAAGCGAUAAGAAUAACUUGGGGAUUGCUCCUUUACCUCCGCCUCCUGAAGCCCUUCCCGCACCAAGUACAGCCGUCGGCCAUCCCCCGUUACCGGCAGCUGCUGGGCGAAGGGCAAGUUCUACUGCUUCCCCGAAUGUGGUUCAUGCACAGCCCGCGUCUUCCGUAACGAAGUCUGCCGUCCCAGCAUCCGCGAGUAUAUCGGAUGUUCCUUCCAGUGCUCAAACGAAGUCUCCAGCGUUAAGUCACUCAGUGACAGCUGUAAUUGGCGGUAACAUAUCGCAGUCUCAGAAUGCCGAUAAAGUUGAUACUGCUAAGUCAGGUGCUUCCCGGGCGUCUGGAAAGGCUCCGGCUGCUCCCGAAACAGGAGAAAGCUCAAAAGCUGCUGCGGUACAACCUAAUGGCGUUACAAAUGGCGUGAAAAAUGGCGACUCGGAAGAAGUUGACGAAUCAAUAUAUCACCUGCCCUCUGGCCUGCAAGACCUACUCCAAUCAUUCGAAGCAACCCAACGGCGGGUCACCGCUGCUCCUUCACAAUCAUCGCAGAGAAUGCUGGCAACGUCCCUAACAACCUCCCCAGACAUGCUUGACGUGGGCGCACCGCGGAAGUAUAAACCGGAUAUUCGAUUUAACACGCCAUCGUAUUAUCCCCAGGAGCUAGAUCCUGUCUUCGAUGAUCCGCGAUUAUACUCUCGAAUAGACCCAGACACUCUCUUCUAUGUCUUCUAUUACAAACAAGGAACAUACCAGCAAUAUCUCGCGGCCAAGGCGUUGAAAGAUCAAAGUUGGCGGUUCCAUAAGCAGUACCAAACGUGGUUCCAGAGGCAUGAGGAGCCAAAGACAAUCACAGAGGAGUUUGAGCAAGGGACAUAUCGCUUCUUUGAUUAUGAGAGUACAUGGAUGAACCGGAGGAAGGCAGACUUCAAGUUCGCGUACAAGUUUCUGGAGGAUGAUGUAUGA